GGACUAAACCACAAACCUAUCAUCCUUGUCUAAAGGAUUAUAACCUUACAUGUUGUUGUGUACCUAUGAUCAACAGCUGGUUGGUUGUCAGUCACAGCAGAAAUCACUAAUGGUCCAAUCAGGUUUAUCUUCUCAGGGUGCAGCCAUGCCUGCGAUCUAAGUCUGAAGAAUCUGGUCUCGCUUGCUUAACCUGUUACUGAAGGAAAGGUUAAAGAAAAAUGAUAUAGAAAGAGACUGAAGACUCUGAAAGACAGAUACAGGAAGACAGGAGGGAGAAAAAGACAACUUAAAGAUGUCUGACUGAGGAAAAUGGACUCGGUUAAAUCCAGUAAUCCGUCAAAACCGGAACUGAUCAAUAUGGCCCCAGAGGAAACUGCCCUCGGUGACAAGAGUGACGGACAGUGGGAGGAAAUGAAGGAGGCAGACACAGACACUCCUGAUGGAGCUGUUGCAGUGCCAUCAGUCGCUCAGCGGAGGGCACGACAGAAACACAGAUACAACACCGUCGGCUACCAGAAAAAGAAGCAGAGGACAGCUGUGGACUUUUCUACAGUGAGCAAGGGAACAUCUGCCGGGGUGAAGAGCAGAGGUGCAUUAAAACAGGCGCUUUUUAACCAAGGAGUGUCUGACAAAAAUGGCACAUUUGAGGACCGAUCGGGUGCUGUACAGGGGCAGUUGGACGCACUGAAACAGGUUCUGGACUCUUUCAGCAUACCUGCGGACCUGAGGUGGACAUGGGGGGAGGGAGGUACUGAGAGAGCGCUGGAAAAGAGCUGGACAGACAUAGUGCACUCUCAUCAGUCUAUGUCUAGACCCCAGCGGCACCAGCAGGAGGCGCUGUGGGAGCUUCUGAAUACUGAGCUUACCUACAUCAACAAACUUACUAUUGCCAAAGAACUCGUUUUGGCAGCACUGUCACACUGUCACAGAUAUGGAUUUCUUCAGGAAGUAAGCCCCACAAUGCUCUUUUCCAAUCUUCCUUCUAUCCUUGAUGCACAUCGACUUUUUUGGCAUGAAGUGAUGUAUCCAAUGUUACAAGAGGUCCGUCUCACUGGAAGGCCUUUUGACCCUCUCGGACUUGAGGCAGGAUUUUUGCAGUUUCCUGACCAUUUUCCUGCAUACUUUGAAUACUGUUUGGAAGAGGAGAGAAAUGUGGAGUUUACACGGAGACAGCUUAACACUAACCCACAAUUUUACACUUAUCUUACGUGGGUGGAGAAUCAUCCACAGUGUGGGCGAAUGAGACUGGGUGAUAUGCAGGCCAAACCACACCAGAGGAUCACCAAGUACCCUCUUUUGCUGAAAGCUGUUCAGAAGAACACAGAAGACCUCCUCACCAAAAAUGCACUUGAAAGAAUGUUGAACGCUGUCAAUAAUUUUCUGGAAUCUAUCAAUAAUUAUAUGCAACUCAGAGACGAUACUCUGGCGCUUUCUGCCGCUGCUCAAAGAAUAGAGGGAUACAAGAUAGAAGGUCUGAGUGAAGAAGUAGACAAGUAUGUUCGUGACUUCUGCUGCUUUGAUUUGAUGAGCCCGGUGAAGGGGGUGGGACCAAACGUCAUACGGAAGCAAUUAAUGGAAGAAACUUUGAAGGUCAAAGUAAGAAAGGACACCAAGGAGUUUGUGGUCCUUCUCUUCACUGAUGUAUUACUGAUGACCAAAAUGCAGAAGAAAUCAGACAAGCUGAAGGUAGUUCGCCCCCCUCUGCCUCUGGAGAGAUUAUACUGCAUUGAGCUCAAAGAUGGAUAUUCGUUUAUGCUGGUGGAGGUUGGUGAUCUAGGCUGUGCUGUCAGUGUGAACUUCCUGUCCACACCCAGUCCAGACAGCUGCGCGUCAUGGGUGUCUGCUCUGCGUGAGACUCAGGCGGCCUUAGAGACUUUGAGGAAGAAUGAGACAAAUAAAACACUGACGACAACAAGUACGACAGAGUUUGGAGAAUCAGAUUCCAUUCAGGACGAACUGGCUAAAAAAGUCUCAGAGGAUGCUGAUGGCCAAUCAGUAUCUGACAGAUCUGAUAGUGAUACUGAGUCAGCGGAGUCGUUGAGGCUAUAUGCUUUACCUAGGUGCCAGUCUGACCCAGAAAUGUUGAUGGAUGUAGAGCAAAGUAAAGUUCAGCAGCUGGCAGAGGACAGGAACUCUCCACUGAUUGGUCAGCGGAACGAUCAGAGCCAAUCAGCUCAUGAAGAAGUUGCGGCAAAGACUGAAAGGAGAGUUACAUGGAAUCGUAGACGACGAUCAUCUGCAAAUGACAUUACACAACAUGACCUGUCAAAUGGAUCACACUCAUUGUUUCUUGGUGGAGAUGUGGAGAAAAAUGGCACUUCUAGCCAAUCCCUGCCCUACAAACCAAUUGCAGAAACAUGGGAACCAAUGCAUCAGGAUUCAGAUGAUGACUCUCAAGAAAUCAGGAGGAACUCUUUCUAUAGUCAGUCAGAUGACGAUGGGUUCCUCACAGAAUCAGGGAGGUUCUCCAGGAAACUGAAGUCUCCUCGCAUUCAGAGGAGACGUGUAAAUCAUUUGCAUCCAUCUGUUCCCUCACAUAGUCCCAGGACAUCCGACCCUUGCGUUAAACCCCAGGAUUCCCACCGAGUGCUAAAGCUGGGAUCUCUUAAAAACAACCAUGGGGUGUUAUGGAAUGUUCCUGAAAAAAGGUGGUCACCAGACCCUGAGACGCACUUUGAAUCUGAGCAGACACAUGAUGGAAGGGUUAAAAUGAAACCAAUCAAACUAAAGACACAGAGAAGUUCCUCCAUCCCAAAGAUCAGCUCCUCUCAGAGGCCCCUGCUGCCUUCUCACAGACGCAGCAUCUCGCCCCCUCCAGGCCCGGACCCCCAGCUUCACCCUUCUCCGCUCCAGGACGUGCUGCAGAGGGCGAAGGACCGGGAAAAAGUACGUGGACUGGGAAGAAGAGAGGGAAAGAUCAAAAAUUCUCCUACUAUCUUCGCCUGUCCGUCACCGUCGGUCAGUGAAGGAGAGAGAGAGGCAGAAAGAGAGGAUGCUGCAGUACCUGGUGUGAUAUCUGCACAUGGAUGGAGAGAGGGGAAUGUGGAUGGAAGUGAGGAUGAGAUGAAAGAGAGCAAUAAUGUCCUAGAAGGUAUCAGCGUGGACUGGCCAGGCUGGUGUUUUGAUGAUGAAGAGGUUUUUGACUUUGAGGACUUUAACAAUGAAGACUGGCUUAACAAGAAACCGACCACAAAUACGCCCCAGAGAUCAGAGACGAAACCAUCAGAGAGGCAAGAUGAAAUAGAAUGUAGUGAAGUGUAGUCUAUUAGGUGUGUAGAGUUGUGUGAAAAGUGUUUGGAGAAAUGUAAUAUAUAUAGUUCUGGGCGUUGUUUUAUUAUUAUGUAGCAGGACUAUUAUAGUCAAAUAUAUUUGAGAGAUACAUUUGAGAGUUUUUUUUUAUUAACAUUGUGUCUAUUGUUAUUAUUAUGUUUAUUUCUAUGUAUUUGUGUACAGAAAGUUUUCUCUGUAUAGCGAUAUUAAGAAACCUUUUUUAUGACUUGUAUUUUCGGUGCACAAGAAACUAAAAUAAUUAAAUUAAGACAUGAGAACUUGUUUAAA